AUGCCCCUCGCCGCUUCCUCUCCGCUCAUCAUAUUCCACCCUCUCCUCCCCCUCCUCUCCACCCCCCUUCCCAUCCGCCUUCGUUGCCUGCCUAUCCCCCUCCCCACCCCCCUCCUGUUCCCCCUCCCCACCCACCUUCCCUUCCUCUGUAACCCAUCCCCCUGCCCACCCUCCCUUCCCGUCAGCCUCCCCAUCCCCCUUUCCUUGACUGCAUGUCGACAGAAUCCCUCUCGCCCCAUGCACCUGACCGCGUUCCUCCCCCUGUAUGCCUCUUCCACCGUGCCCCUCACCCCGCACCUCUCACUGCAUGCCUCUAAUCGCAUGCCCAUCUUCCCUUAUCCCCCCAUCCCCGCAUCCCCCUCAUCUAACCAUCCCACAUUCCCUCCUUCCCUCCUCCCCCCAAUCCCAUCGUCCCCUCCCCCUCCCCCCCCCCCUCCCUCUUCCCCCACAGUGAACCUGGCAGUGGCACUCGCCCGUCACAUGCGCCUCGCCGGUGGGGCUGCUGGACGCGGACGUGGUCGGCUCCUCACUGCCCAACCUGCUAGGCCUGGUCACUGCCAGACCCCCCCUGCUCGCUGGGCCUAG